UGCUAUACAUUCAUCGUAAGAUGGGGAACGGUUUCUCCAACAUUGCUGCAUUCCAGUCCCUGCACAUUGUGAUGCUUGGAUUGGAUUCGGCCGGUAAAACCACUGUACUGUAUCGGUUAAAGUUCAACGAAUUCGUCAACACUGUUCCCACUAUUGGCUUCAACACAGAGAAGAUCAAACUCAGCAAUGGCACCGCCAAAGGCAUCAGCUGUCACUUCUGGGACGUGGGCGGGCAGGAGAAGUUAAGACCCUUGUGGAAAUCUUACAGCCGCUGUACGGACGGUAUUAUUUACGUGGUGGACUCCGUAGAUGUCGACCGACUUGAGGAAGCCAAGACGGAGCUCCAUAAAGUCACCAAAUUUGCAGAGAACCAAGGAACUCCUCUGCUGGUGAUCGCCAACAAGCAGGACCUCCCUAAAUCCCUGACGGUCAGCGAGAUCGAGAAACAUUUGGCCCUCCAUGAACUGAGUCCCUCCACCACGUACCACGUCCAACCGGCCUGCGCCAUCAUUGGCGAGGGUCUCCAUGAAGGAAUGGACAAACUGUAUGAGAUGAUCGUCAAACGAAGGAAAUCUCUUAAACAGAAGAAGAAACGAUAGGCAGUUACAGAUUUGUAGAGACUUUAAAGGGAUAGUUUACCCCCAAAAAAUACAACUCUGUCAUCACUUACUCACUUCAGGUUGUUUCAAAGCUGUGUGAUUUAGCUUCUCCUGUUUUUGUCCAUAAAAUGAAAGUCAGUGGGGCCCAAAACAAACAUUUGGACACCACUGACUGAAAAUAUCUUAUUUUUGUGUAUUGUAGAAAAAAGAAAGUUGUACGGGUUUGGGAUGACGUGAAGGUGAGUAAAUGAGGACAGAAUUGUCUUUUUUGGGUAAACUUAAUGUUGCCAUUAAAGACAUGACGGGUUUUUCCUUGGAGUGCAGUAUUUGGUAACACUUUACAGUAACUUUCAAUAAUAUCAAAAUGCUCAGAUCAUUAAUUAGCGUACUUUCAUAGCGUCAAAAACAUUCAUAAAUACUCAUAUUUGAAUCUAUAUGAACUCUUGAACUGUUCAAGGUGAGGGCUUUAAUACAAAGAAAAAAUUUAAGAUUUAUUUGAAUAUUUGCUUUUUUUUGCAACUUAGCAACUUUGCUUUAACCAAUGGCCUGAGGUUGGGGGGCGGGGCUCUUUGUCUUUGUCCAAUUGAUGCCCGAGUUUGGACAACCUGUUGAAAAACAAUUAUUUUGCCAGUUCGGUUUUGGUGCUGCUUGUUGCGCAGAAAUUACACACUUUAAGCAUGUUUCUUCAUUAUUGAAAGUUACUAUUAAGUGUUACUAUGAAUAAAAAAGUGCUAAAUAAUAUGCUUACAUAUAGAACCAAAAACAUAAAUAAUAAAAAAAAAAUAAAAUAGAACUAGUCAAUAAUAUAAAAUGCAUUACAGUAAGAGAAAAAAAAAAUGGGCCGGACCCAUGUUGCUGCUUGAUAUUAACUCGAUAAAUAUUGAUAAUAAUCGCUAGCCUGUGCUUUUAAGAAACCCUAUAAGAAGAGUACUUUUGUUAUGAAAUUAUUUCUUAAACUGAAUGCCCACAAGCAUCUGUAUGUGAAUUGAAAUGAUUCAAAUUAUUAUUUUAUACAAUUAUUAUGCUCUUCAUGUGUAAUUAGCAGUGUAUUUAACCAUAAAAUCCCUGCUGCACCAACACAGUUUGUUUUCUUUCUUUUUUUGUCUCUCUUUUUAAAAUUCAGUACCCAACAAGCCUCAGCUAUGACCUAUGGACCCCACAGGAUAACAUAAAUAAAACUAACUAAAUAAAACAGUAAUGCAGAGAUUUAUUUAUCUAUUUAGCUUCCUGUCCAGAACUUUGAGAUAUAAAAUCAAAAUUCUAAGAUAAUAUUUAAAAAUGAUGAGAUAUAAAGUCCUGAGAAAAAGUCAAAAUUCUAAGAUAGAACCUCAGAAUUCCAAGACAUACAUUUUUUAAGGUAAAAAAUUGCGAAAAGAAUUGCGAGAAUUCUGUGGGGAAAAUAAACGCUACCUUGAGGUUCAAUCGGAGGUUACUGUAUUAUGAAACCAUGUAGUAAAAAUGAAGACUGUUUAUGCACAUGAUGCCAAAAAUAUUCAAAAUAAAUUAUACUGAAAAACACGUGUAGCGUUUUGUUGGUGCGCAACCUGACCUAAACACUUCAGAAAAGUCUGCAUCCAGCAUUAUCACGGGCGGAGAGCCUGUUUUCUGUAAUUAAAGUUCCCUUUCGGUACAACAGCCAUCACCCAUAAUUCCCUGAGCUGUCAGAUCUACAUGAUUUCACAGCGCUGGACGACAUAAAUCCCUUUGAUUUAGCUCCAGGCGGGCCGAGGCCCACACGUGCUUGCGUUUGAGCGUGGCACACUCUCGGGACCGGGAUAAUGACCUUUUAGUGCUCAGCGAGAUUGAAAAUGGAUAUUAAUAGGAGAAUUCACCCAUUGUGUAAUUAGAAUAAGCCACAGUGGGCCGGAGAAAUCCCUCUGAUGGGGGUGUGACGGGGCCUAGAGGAAUGCAACACAACACCUGCUGGGGUGGUAUACGCAGAUGUAAACACUAACACAUGGAAACCAAAAAUGUACUUUCAGACAAGAUCAUUUUGAUCGCAAGAUGUGUCAUGCUACACUCUAGUGCUGUUUCAAGAACUCUUGCACUUUUCAUUUUAAAAAGGCCUCCUGUGUUAUUUGGCAUAAAGGA